AUGAAGGGCAGCGGCAGGCGAAAGCUGGACCAGCAAACCCUCAUGGAGCAGGUUCGAGAAUGCAGGGACAACGGCUACCUGCUCUCCUCCAAGAAGAUUGGCUCCGGGGCCUUCUCCAAAGUCUACCUGGCCUACGCCACGCAGGAGCGCAUGCAGCACAAUUCCAAGCUGGCCUCCGACCUGCAGGGCAAGCGCCAUACCAUGGUGGCUAUCAAGAUCGUCUCCACCACCAAGGCCCCCAUGGAGUUCUCCCGAAAGUUCCUGCCCCGUGAAAUCUCAUCACUCAAUGCUACCUACAAGCACCUGAAUGUGGUGCAGCUGUACGAGACCUACCAGAACAGCCAGCGCUUCUACUUGGUGCUGGAGCUGGCGGCCCAUGGCGACCUGUGGGAGUACAUCAAUGCGGUGUCAGACUACUGCUGCUGCCCAGGCCUGGAGGAAGGGGAGGCCCGCAGGCUGUCCUGGCAGCUGGUCAGCGCUGUGGCCUACUGCCACAACUUGGGCAUCGUUCACCGGGACCUGAAGUGUGAGAACAUCUUGCUGGAUGACGGAGGCUUCCUAAAGCUGACCGACUUUGGCUUCGCCAUUGGGUCGGGGCUCAAGAACUCACUGCUGAGCACCUUCUGUGGCUCUGUGGCCUACACAGCCCCGGAGAUCCUCAUGAGUAAGAAGUACAAGGGGGAGCAGGCCAAUCUGUGGAGCCUAGGCGUCAUCCUCUAUGCCAUGGUGACCGGGAAGCUACCCUUCAAGGAGCGCCAGCCCCACCACGUGCUGCAACUGAUGCGCCGUGGCCCCACCUUCCCGCCAGGCCUAUCCCCAGAGUGCCAGGACCUGAUCCAGGGUCUGCUUCUGCUGCGCCCGCGCGCGCGGAGCCUGCAGCAGGUGGCGGCGCACUGCCGGAUGCUGCCCGCCGCGCACGCGCUCUUCCGCACCGUGUUCGGCUCCGCGCCAGAGUACCAGCUCCCAGAGCCCCAGGACGACGCGGAGCACAGCGCGGACUCAGAGCACCCGGCAGCAGGUUGCCUCCCAAGACCGCGCCUCUGGCCCAGCGCACGAACCCCGGGAGGCCUGCCUGAGAGGAGAGGAGAUGCGGGCUGUUCCAGGCUGGAGCUCUGGAGCACGGCGGCAGCCAGUGCGGAGGUGGGCGCCUCCAGGCAGCUGCUGUCCCUGUGCUCCGCCAUCAGGAGCGUGCCUGGGCACUCUGGUCAACCGAUAGCAGGUGGGUGGGCGGGAGCUGAGGCCAGAUAAAGCGUUU